UUAUAUUUACGUGACCUUCUUGAGUCAUAUCUCCACAUACCGUAUCCCUAACAACGUCCAUAAGAAAGCAAAAACCCGAACAACAAUCUGUGAUAAUUACUUCAUUCAGAAUUGGGAGUGCUAUUCACUAAGCUAUAUAAUUUGUGUGUGCGUAUUUGACUAUUCCUUAUAUUUUUUGGCAAAGUAAGUAGAGAAAUAAAUUCAAAAUGGUUGCCGGCUGUGGACCCAAAAUCGCCAAGCUUUUCUUAUUCAUCUUCAACUUUAGCAUAUGGGCCACCGGUAUCGCCCUUAUAACCGUCGGGUCCUACGUGACUGCCAAACAGGCCGACUACCAGGAGCUAUUUGCGGAGGACACCUUGGUGAUUGUUUGUGCUUUGACAAUAGCCAUAGGAUGUUUCACUUUCAUUGUGGGAUUCUGCGGGUGCUGUGGUGCAAUGAAAGAAGGCGUUUGCCUCUUGAAAACGUACUGGUUCUUGAUGCUGCUAAUUAUUUGCGGUGAGAUUACUGCAGGUGUAUUGGCAUUCGUUUACAAUGAACAGAUUGAAGAAAGCAUGUUGAAAGGAAUGACCACAACGAUUAACGAAACUUAUCCAAUUACAGAUGCCUCUAGGGAAGCAGUAGACGGUGUCCAAGAAGCGUCCAAGUGCUGUGGUGCGAGUGGAUACGUUGAUUACGUAGGCUGCAAGAACUGUCCUCUGAACGAAGCGGUACCCGUGUCGUGCUGCGUAACAGACGCAGACAUAACGCAAUGUCAGUUGGGUACAAAAGGUGUGCCCCUUAAUCCAGAACUUGUGAAUGACGUGGGUUGCGUUGAAGCAUCAAUUGAAAUAGUCCAGGACAACUUUAUUCUCAUUGGCGCAGUUUGUAUCGCUCUUUUGGUCUUCGAGAUUUUGACAAUGGUCUUCACCUGUUGCGUAAUCGAUGGCAUACAGAAGGGGGAAUUUAAAUGAGUCGAUAAUCUGGAGCAAGCAAAUUCGGAUUUCCAUGAAAAUUUAAAUGAUUGAUUAAUCAUUAAUGUAAACUUACUAAUUGAAGUCAUUCGUGCCUGUUAAUUUAUUCGUUUUAAGUGCGUAAAUCACGAUUAUACUAAGUAUGUACGUCGUAUGACGUCUUUGCAUAAUAAUGUUAAACACAAACAAAGAGGGGGGCGGGUUAAGGAUGUACAAUAAGUGAGCAUGUGGACAUAAUGCUUAUAUGUUUUUGGAAGAUGUUCUUUUCUUUUAAUAAACGCAAGCCGCUUCAACGUUAUCGUGGAAACCUAUGCAAUAUAUUAAUGAUAUCCGUUAUUGACACACAAGAAUGGAAAUUAAUUACGAUAAGAAAUACAGCAAUAAAUGAAUGAAACCAUACAUAACUUCAUGCGUAGACAGUAUGUCUAGGAUAGAUUUAUAACUGAAAUCUAGAGGGUGUGAUUUCCUGAUACGAACUUAUACUCAGAUAGUUAUUGCCGACGACAGUUGAAUUGCGU